GCCAUGCGGAAGAGCGGAGCUGGGGGCCUUGGGCUGUACCAAAGCAACUUUCCGAACCUGGCGGAAUUUUCCAUUGCCGACUUCCCCUGGACGGCCCGUGCGCGGAUCUUUGUGACGGCCGUGAAUCCAGACACGGGCGCGCUCAGCCCGUCACCAGUGCAGUCGGCUGUCAUCAUGCGCAAGGUCUGCGGAGCUCACUGCCUCAGGUGCGACUCUGAAGGAGCGUGCCUAGCUUGCGACAGUGGCUACGUGCUGGAG